AUGGCCUUGCGCUUGAACCACUUGCGCUUUCAUUUUGUGAUUUAUCGUAAUUUUCUCAAAACAACUGCAGUGUGCAACAGACGACAUCUCUCAGAAAAUGCAUCAUCAAAGCCGAAGUGCAGCAGCACUAGCGAAACAACAGAUCAUAUUCUGUACACACAGGAACAUUUUGCUUUGAAGGAAUCUCUCAGAAAGAUAAUUGAGCAAGAGAUUAACCCCUACGUGGACAAAUGGGAAGAAGAAGGUCAGUUCCCUGCCCAUAGAGUCUUCAAGGUCCUCGGAAACGCAGGCUUUCUCGGAGUCAACAAACCAGUGGAGUAUGGAGGCCUGGGCCUUGACUUCAGCUAUAGUGUGGCCGUGGCCGAGGAACUGGGAAACAUCAACUGCGGAGGUAUUCCCAUGGCCGUCGGAGUGCAGACUGAUAUGGCAACCCCAGCACUGGCCAGGUUUGGCUCCGCUGAGCUGAAGAAAGAGUUUCUGCUUCCCUCCAUAAUGGGAGACAAAGUGGCCUGCUUGGGUGUCAGUGAGGUUGGUGCAGGCUCUGAUGUUGCAAGCAUCAAGACCAAAGCUGUGCGUAGGGGAGAUGAAUUUGUCAUAAAUGGAGGGAAAAUGUGGACAACCAAUGGCACCCAGGCAGACUGGAUGUGUCUCCUCGCCAACACCAGCGAUGGGGCUCCACACAAGAACAAGUCCCUCAUCUGCUUACCCAUGAACCUACCUGGAAUUCAUAUUGCGCGCAAGAUUGAUAAGAUGGGGAUGAGGUCCUCGGAUACUGCAGAGGUGUUCUUCGAUGACGUGCGCGUUCCAUGUAAAAACAUCAUAGGCCAAGAGGGAAUGGGCUUCACAUACCAAAUGCUGCAGUUCCAGGAAGAACGGCUUUGGGGGGUGGCCAACAUUCUGACCAUGAUGGAUAAGGUUAUCGAAGAGACAAUUAAGUACACCAGACAGAGGAAGAUCUUCAAUCAGCCAGUGCUGUACCAUCAAGUGGUGCACUUUAGGCUAGCAGAGCUGGCAACAGAAGUGGAGAUGCUGCGUUCCCUGCUCCACCGAGCCACUGCUUUGUACAUUAAGGGCAAUGAUGUGACCAAAUUGGCAUCCAUGGCUAAACUGAAAGCAGGACGUCUCGCUCGAGAACUGGGGGACAGUUGCCUACAGUACUGGGGUGGGAUGGGCUUCACCAGUGACGUCCUUGUCAGCAGGUUCUACAGAGAUGCCAGAUUAUUGUCCAUCGGAGCUGGAGCUGAUGAAGUGAUGCUGCAAAUCAUAUGCAAGUACAUGGACACCUUACCCAAGAAAUGACCUCACUGACAGCCAUAGUGCAUGGAUCAGGAAAAGCUUGCAAGUGCACUUAACAUACUUCAGCCGACCUUAGUGGGCCUUAUGAAUCUGCCACAUGGUAGAGAGAGUGCUUGAUGGUAUUGACAGUAAAUGUAUCAUUGACAGUUCCUAUUCUCUGUUUUACUGCAUGUGAAACGUUUGAGAGCACAUUGUUGUAUCAUAAUUGUAAGUUAAUGUUUAACUAUUUUAGUUAAUUGUAUAGUUUGAUUUUCUCUGGUAAUUAUUCUUACAAAGACAUAAACAGUUUGUAGAGUUUGCAUUACUUAUUACUCAAGAAGUCCACAUCUUCAUACCCAAAGGAAAU